UCCAUCUUAUACUCAUGCUCCCAUCGUGGUUAUGUCUAUUGAGCCUCAACAUGGAGCUCAUAUCAUUCUUCGCAAACUUAAUAAGGUUGAAUAUAAAUAGAGCGGAGAGACAAAUCCAUCAGAAACAAGGAGGGUGUCAAUGGAGUACUCAUGGGUUGGGGCUGCCAUUGCAGUGAUAGCGAGCUUAAUAGCAGUGUGGGUAUCAUGGGGUGCGUUGAACUGGGUUUGGAUCAGGCCGAGGAAGCUCGAGAAGCGGCUGAGAGAACAAGGCCUGGCCGGAAACCCUUACCGGAUUCUCUAUGGGGACCUGAAGGAGAGCUUGGCGCUGUUGAAGGAGGCCAACUCCAAGCCUAUGGCCUUCUCCCAUGACAUUGGUGCAAGGGUGUUGCCCUCCAUCUCUAAUGCCAUCCAAAACCAUGGAAAGAAUUCAUACAUAUGGCUUGGGCCAUAUCCGAGAGUAAACAUCAUGGAUCCAGAGCAACUUAACGCUACCUUUUCUCUGAUCAAUGAUAUCCAAAAGCCAGAUAUGAACCCGUUCUUUAAGUUCCUUUUAGAGGGAAUUAUAACGCAUGAAGGCGAAAAAUGGGCUAAACAUAGAAAGAUUAUCAACCCUGCGUUUCAUUUGGAUAAGUUGAAGAAUAUGGUACCAGUGUUUGUGGAUAGCAGCAAUGAGAUAGUGAGUGAAUGGGAAAGAAUAGUCCCAGAAGAUGGGUGCUGUGAGUUGGAUGUAAUGCCAUAUCUACAAAGCUUGACACGUGAUGCCAUUUCCAGAGCAGCAUUUGGAAGUAGCUAUAAGGAAGGACAAAUGAUCUUCCAGCUUCUUAAACAACUUACUGAUUGGGUGGUUAAGGUUGCUGGUGGAAUUUAUAUUCCUGGAUGGAGGUUUCUACCAACAAAGUCGAACAAGAAAAUGAAGGAAAUAAAUAGAGAAAUAAAAAGAAUGGUUUUGAGUAUUAUAAACAAAAGGAAAAGGGCAAUGAAGGAAGGUGAGGCUGUACAGAACGACCUAUUGGGCAUUCUCCUACAAUCCAAUUCAAAACAAAUUGAAGCACAAGGAAACAACAAAGACGUUGGAAUGAGUAUAGAAGAUAUCAUUAAUGAGUGCAAGAUCUUCUACAUUGCUGGCCAAGAAACCACAGAACAGCUAUUAACUUGGACAAUGAUUUUGUUGAGCUUCCACACCGAGUGGCAAGAGCGAGCUAGAGCUGAGGUUCGAGAAGUAUUCGGUGACAACAUCCCAGAUUCCGAUGGUCUACCUCGUCUAAAAGUGGUAAAUAUGAUUUUACACGAAGUUCUAAGGCUAUAUCCACCUGCAAGUACGCUUAAUCGGAUGGUUAAAAAGGAAACGAGAGUUGGAAACUUGAGUCUACCGGCUGGAGUGAUGUUGAUUGCACCAGUGGUUCUUAUUCACCGUGAUCGUGAGAUAUGGGGUGAGGAUGCGAAUGAGUUUAAACCCGAGAGAUUUAGCAAUGGAGUUUCUAAAGCAUCGAAGUUGCAGCCUGCUUUCUUUCCAUUUGGAUGGGGUCCUCGGACAUGCAUGGGGCAGGACCUUGCGAUACUUGAGGCUAAAGUUGCGAUGUCCUUGAUUCUACAACGUUUUUCAUUUGAACUCUCUCCAUCCUACGCCCAUGCUCCCACUCUGCUUAUGACUACUCAGCCUCAACAUGGAGCUCAUAUCAUCCUACGCAAAUUGUAACCGCCAGAUAUUUGAAUAAGGCUUAUGUCUUAGAUUUUUAAGUUUAUCUCAAUAAAUUUUGAUAUGGAACUCUUGAGAUUUGAUAUAAAUUUGUUGAA